AUGGCGCCUUCAGGUCUCGCAAUCAUCAUUGGCGCCGGUCCAACAAGCGGCCGCGGCAUCGCUCGCGUUCUCGCCCGUAAUGAUGGCGGUAAUCUCGCUGUCGCCCUCUUGGCCCGCAACCCCAACAACCUCAACAGUCUACGCGACUCACUCCGUAAAGAAACCAAUGGAGUUCUCCAUUCUUUCCCUACAGACACUCAGCCGGAGAACCUACGCAAGGCGUUCAAAGACAUCGCCAAUCACCCCGACUUCAAGGAUCUCAAGCUAAAGCUGGCGAUUUAUCACGUCAAGCACGCCAGCAAGAAGCCUUUCCUCGAAGAAACGCCCGAGGGGUUCAAUGAAAGCAUGCAGGUAUACACAACCGGUGCAGUAGUCUUCGCCCAAGAAGCUCUCAAGCUUAUGUACGAGCAAAACGGCGGCCAGACCCUUCUUGCCGAUACAAAUGGUGCCAAGAAAGGCACAAUUAUCUUCACUGGCACCUUGGGUGCUAUGCGCACAAACACCGGCUAUGCAGCUUAUGGGGCGACUCGCGCCUCUGCUAGAAUGGUCGCUCAGGCUAUCGCGAAAGAGCAUAGCAGGUUUGGUGUUCAGUGCGUUCAUGCUAUAGCGAAUGGAAGGAUUACGGAUGAGGAUACUGAAGAAACGAGGACGGGAAAGCAUAUGAGGGCUGAGGACGUUGGACAGACUUAUUUGUGGCUUUCGCAGCAGCCGAGUUCGCUUUGGGUCCAUGAGUUGGACUUGAGGCCGGCGCAGGAGUCAUUCUAG